UGGAGCGAUCCCCUCACAUGACCAGAAGACGGAAGUGGCAUUUGAAACUUCGUAAACAAUCGCUCUCUGACUGUCUCUUUCAAACAAACCGUGAUACAAACGAAAAUUAAAAAAAGAAAAGAAAACCACAAUUUAAUCGUGUUUUAUCAAGAUCUAAGUUGGGAUAGUCACCGCGAUCUCUGCUAGUCGAACUGUGAGACGGUAGGAGAGAGCGAGAGAGAAACGGAGACAGAGAGAGAUGGGUCUGUCGGAGAAAGAAGAGUGUGUCUUGUUGGAUCAAAAGCUGCUUGUCUUUAUGGACCAACUGGAGCUGCUGGAGGAGAAACGAGAGAGACUCAACUCUCUAAUAGAACAGGGAUGGUUCUCUAUGUCCAAAGCAAGGUAUUCGAUGGGCAACAAGCAGGUGUCUGCUCUGCAGUAUGGGAGUGAGAUGGAACCUCUGGUCCGAGUGCACACCAGGACUCUGGAGAGUGGUGAGGCCGAGUUCCAGACAAAGAGAAGGACGCUGAAGUCUCCUGAAGAGAGACAGGUGGAGGACAUUGGACCUAAAGACAAGGAGGGUGUGAGGAGAAGAGUGAAGACGCAGGAGGUCCCAGAGAUAGACCAGAGUGACAACAAGCAUCCGUGGACAGAGACUGAGCCGGCUCCCUCCUCCAAACCUGAACCCAACCCCCAGCAGGACCCACUGAAGUGGUUUGGAAUCCUGGUGCCUCAGACCCUGAAACAGGCCCAGGCCUCAUUCAAACAGGUGGUAGAGUUGUCAGUGGAGGUGGCUACUCUCCAGUCUGCAGUCCUGACCACCAGACAACAGUUGCAGAUGAAACAGAAGAGCAGCAGCCAGACCCCGGACCUGACUGACCUGACUGACAGACUGACCUGACUGACAGAUGAACCAGACGGACAGAAGGACCAGACGGAAGGACCAGAUGGACAGACGAACCAGGCUGACCAGACGGACCAAACUGACCAGACUGACCUGACUGACCAGAUCAUGGUUUAGCGUACACAGCCACUCUCUCCCACAUAGUAUAGUAGUACUUCUGUCUAGAGCCCUUUAUACAAAGGCUGAGGGGGCUGCAGCAACCCUGAUAAAUAAAUACAAAAUAUACAAAUAAUAAAAUAUACAUUGUUUUUUUAUCACAA